CCUGACAAGCCCCAGCUAUAAUGAUUUAGGUAGCUUCAGGCCUGCAGAGACAGUUUCAGGUGAGGUUCAUGAUAAUUUGUGAUGUCAACCAGAAGAGGGCAGCACUUUGCUGAUACUGUGGCCAAUCGCUGCUAUCAACAGUACCAACAGCUUCCUAAGGAGGGGAAACCACAGAAGGGUCGAGAAUGGACCCUAAUGGCAGCCGUUGUCAUGACUGUCAGCGAUACUGAAAACAAACCCAGUGAUGACCAUGAUCGAGGAGACAUUAUUGAUGUUCUUUCCAUAGGAACAGGAUCCAGAUGUAUUGGGAAGUCAUUAUUGACAGAUAAAGGGGACAUCAUCAAUGACAGCCAUGCAGAAGUUUUAGCUAGAAGAGCUUUCAUAAGCUACCUGUACGACCAGCUGAUGCUUGUUUACACUGACCAGGAAAGUCAGGUGCUGGAGGUCACAGACAACUCAAAGGUCAAAGUCAAGGAUGGGAUCAGUUUCCAUUUCUUCUCAAGUCAUACACCCUGUGGUGAUGCCUCUAUAUUUCCUAAAGCAGAGGAUAGUAUUGUAAACACUGGUGUGAAGGUUGAAAAUCACAACAAAUCCCAUCAGAUCCACCAAGAUGAUGGUCAUCUACAAACAGGAGUUGAAGGUCACCUACAAGAUAUGUCUGAGAAUAGUUUUCAGAAGUGUAAUAAAUUAGUCCCAAGCUCUGGAGGUCAGGGUUCAAAACAUAAAUUGAGUAUUGACAGUGAGGAUGAAAUUGAAGUAAAAAAGUCAAGGUCAAUGAUUGAAAAAGGACAUCUAGAUGAAAGUGAUGAUGCUAAAACGUUCUCAGAGGACUUGUCAGAUUCAAGUACAAGUAUCAUAAAGGAAAAUCAAAGUGAUGAAAUUAAUAAAGAAUGUUCUGUGGAAGGUGAGAGGUUGGUGACAAGUAGCAAGUCAUCUAUAGGGCCUAAAGGGGACAUCUACAGGACGGGGGCCAAGUGUGUCCCUGGGGGCCAGCAGGACAGCUUUGGGGCUGGAUGUGGCUACCACACAGUGGGAGUGCUGAGAACCAAGCCAGGUCGAGGAGAUAGAACUCUCUCAAUGUCUUGUAGUGACAAACUGACUCGCUGGAAUGUUGUCGGAUGUCAGGGGGCAUUACUUUCCAAUUUCCUGUCCCAUCCAAUUUAUUUUGAUACAAUUAUUAUAGGCAGCUGUCCCUACAGCCAAGAGGCCUUAGAUAGAGCUGUGAUACAGAGGAGUAUGGGUGUAGGUCCACUUCCUCCUGGAUAUCGUCAUGGAAACCCACAGCUUCUCCAGUCCUCUGAACUCUUCCCAGACUCUCGCACUUCCUUGGAGAAAAAUCACCAGGUUUCUUUUACACCUUGCCCAAUGUCUAUUACCUGGCACUGUAGACAGCAGAAUAACUUCCACCAGGUUCUGGUCAAUGGCAGACAGCACGGUGCUACUAAGAAGAUGAUUCAUACUCCUAAAGUACGGAGCAAAGUUUGCAGUUUAGAAUUGUUGCGGCGGUACAUACAUAUAUUAGAAGUUAUUCCCAAGGAGAAACUUCCUCUUGAAAGCAUUCCCAGCUCAACCAAGGAGCCUACUGAUGUAACUUAUGCAGAGUACAAAGCCAUGGCAACAGCUUACCAGACAGCAUGGAAAUGUUUAAAGAACCAGGAAAUAUUCCACUCCUGGGUGCAUAAACCUUCUGGGCUUACAUCAUUUCUACUGGAUAAUAUAUAGCUUCAUAUGUCUUAGUUUUUCUUGUUUUUUUUUAUUAGCAAUCAC